AUGCCCCCACAAAUAAAUUUAUUGUAUCAUAAAUUCCAAAAAUAUUUAUCAUUUAUUGGACCUGGUUUAGUAGUAUCCGUUGCAUAUCUAGAUCCUGGAAAUUAUUCAACUUCAGUAUCAGCUGGUUCAUCAUAUAAAUAUAAAUUAUGUUUUGUAAUAUUUAUGUCAAAUUUAUUUGCUGCAGUUUUACAAACAUUAUGUAUAAAAUUAGGUACAAUAACGGGAUUAGAUUUAGCUGAAAUGUGUCGACUUAAUUUGGACCCUAGAUUGAAUUUGUUUAUGUAUAUAUGUGCUGAAAUUGCUAUUAUUGCUACUGAUUUAGCUGAAGUUGUUGGAACAGCGAUAUCUUUGGAAAUCUUGUUUGGAAUACCUUUAUUAUAUGGUGUUUUAAUUACUGUAUUAGAUGUAUUAAUUAUAUUAAUGGCUUAUCAUAAAAAUGGAACUUUAAAACAAACUAAAGUAUUUGAAAUUAUGGUAUCUAUAUUAGUAAUGGCCACUUGUGCUUGUUUCAUAUUGGAAUUAUUUAAAUGUAAUUUUGAACCAGGUGCAGCUUGGGAGAUUUUUAAAGGGUUUUUACCAAUAAAUAAAGAAUUGAUUAAGGAUAAAAAUGCAUUAUUUAUAAGUUGUGGAAUUGUUGGAAGUACAGUUAUGCCACAUUCAUUAUUUUUGGGUUCAGCUUUAGUUCAACCAAGAUUAAAAGAUUAUGAUGAAAAAUUAAAUAAAAUGGAAGAAGCUACUGUUAAACCAGAUAACGUGCUGACUCAAGAUUCAUUAGCCACAUCAUUUGAAGAUUCAUCAACAACCACUCAAGUACCAACUUCAAGACUAAGAAGAAUAUCAAAUGGAUCAAUGUUGUUGAAAAAAUAUAAACCUUCAUAUUCUGCAAUAAAAUAUUGUUUAAAUUAUUCAUAUAUUGAGUUGAACAUGUCUUUGUUCUUUGUUGCUGUAUUCGUCAACUCUGCUAUUUUGAUAGUGGCAGGUGCAACAUUAUAUGGUAAACCAGAUGCAGCAGAUGCUGAUUUAUUAUCAAUUUAUGAAAUGUUAUCGUAUUACAUAUCACCAGCUGCAGGAUUAUUGUUUGCAUUAAGUAUGUUAUUUUCUGGUCAAAGUGCUGGUAUAGUAUGUACAAUGGCAGGUCAAAUUAUAGCAGAAGGAUUUAUAAAUUGGACAAUUGAACCUUGGAAAAGAAGGAUUAUAACUAGAAUAAUUGCAAUAGUACCUGUUAUUAUUGUUAUUGGAAUAUUAGGUAGGGAGGGAGUUUCAAAAGUAAUGAAUAGUUCACAAGUUGUUUUAAGUUUUAUUUUACCAAUUGUUAGUGCUCCAUUGAUUUAUUUUACAUGUAAAAAGGAAUAUAUGAUUGUUUAUGAUACAAGCAAACCAUCAGUUGUGGCAGAAACAAGUCCUUUGUUGGAGAUGGAAAGAGAGUCUAAUAAAUCACAAGGUAAACCAAUAAAUUUUGCAAAUGGGAAAUUUUUGAGAAUAUCAAGUAUACUUACAUGGAUUAUAAUUACUGCUUUAAACUUUUACUUAAUAAUUGCAUUUAUUAAUGGAGCUGACAUAUAG